AUGGCGGCGAGGAAACUGGCCCAAGAGGUCGACAAGUGCUUCAAAAAGGUCUCCGAGGGUGUGGCCGAAUUCGAAGCUAUUUACGAAAAGAUUGAACAAUCGAGUAAUCCUGCCCAGAAGGACAAGCUAGAAGAUAACCUGAAACGCGAGAUCAAGAAGCUCCAGCGACUGAGGGAUCAAAUCAAAACAUGGGCCGCCAGCAACGACAUCAAGGACAAAGCUCCCUUGCUGGAGCAUCGCAAGCUGAUCGAGACGCAAAUGGAAAAGUUCAAGGCCGUGGAGAAGGCCAUGAAGACGAAAGCAUACUCCAAGGAAGGUCUAUCAGCUGCCGCCAAGCUCGAUCCCAAGGAGCAGGCAAAGGUUGAGGCCAGCGAAUUCUUAAGCGGAAUGGUCGAUGAGCUGGAACAGCAAAUCGAGACACUCGAGGCAGAAGGCGAGUCGAUACAAGCGACCAUGAAGAAGGGCAAAAACAACACCGCCAAGGCCGAACGCAUCGCCGAAGUUGAACGCAUUAUCGAACGACAUAAGUGGCACCAGGGGAAGCUGGAACUUAUCAGGAGAUCCUUGGAGAAUGGCGGAGUCGAGCCCGAGCAAGUGACCGACCUGGAAGAGAGCAUUCGAUAUUAUGUGUCGGAUGGCAUGAACGAAGACUUUAUGGAAGAUGAGGAGAUGUAUGAGGAGCUCGACCUUGAGGACGAGGAAGGUACCUACGGCAUGGGCGCGGACAACGAGAAGAACUCUUCCCUGGAUGCGCAGUCUGUGCAAGAGGACCUUACGACCGACAAUGACUUGCCAAAGACACUGACGAGAAAGGCGCAGAAGGAAGUUGACCCAGUACGGAGGACAUCUUCUCAGACAAAGUCACCUUUACCUGCACUCGCGACACUCCAUGCUCCGCUACCGACUAUCAGCAAUAGCAGUACGGGUACACCGGCUAUGAAGCCAGCAUCAGUACCUACAAGGCCCGCCGGAGAAGGACUCAAGUACGCUUCAGCUGCCGCUGCCGCCGCCGCGAGUGAUAAGAACAACCAUUUCCCCGUUGCCGCAAGCCCGAGCAGCGCGACCAACUCUCCUGCGACAUCCUCUGCCCAGCCAGCUUCUCAACAACCAGAGUCAAAGCAGCCCACGCCAGCUCCUGCUCCUGCUGAGCCAGAUCCAGUACCUGCGCCAGCCCCUGUACCUGUCACUACGAAACAGUCCAAGCGAUCAAAGGCUGCUGGGAAACAAGCAGCAGUCCCCGAGGCCACUCCAUCUUCAAAGACUCCACGGACAAAUGGUACAGCCAAUGGUGUCAAGCAAACCGAGGAAGAGGAAGAAUGCAUCUACCAUUUACCAGCAUCGUUACAAGAUCUUGUUGAUACAUAUGAGACAUCGAGAAAGCGGCCGUAUCCUCCAUCUGCGCCAUCAGCUCUGCGCAUGAUGACUGCCAGCCAGGCCAGCUGCCCCGAUAUUGUGGAUGCCGAUGUUCCACGAUCAUACCGACCCGACCAACCGGUACCCCCAACAGGGUCAGGAUUUCCCCGCGAGCCACUCGCUAUCUUCGAUGACCCGCGGUUGUACUCCCGUAUGGACCCUGACACUCUGUUCUAUGUAUUCUACUAUAAGCAGGGUACUGCCCAACAGUACAUGGCAGCCAAGGCUCUGAAAGAUCAAAGUUGGCGAUUCCAUAAGCAGUAUCAGACUUGGUUUCAAAGACAUGAGGAACCUAAGAACAUCACUGAAGACUUUGAGCAAGGCACAUACCGAUUUUUCGACUAUGAGAGCACAUGGAUGAAUCGACGCAAGGCUGACUUCAAGUUUGUCUACAAGUUCCUUGAGGAUGAGGUCUAA